UUUUCUAAACUCAUUCCCUCACAGAAAGAGGAGUUUCGUUACAAGAACUGGAAUCCUAACAGAUAACUGAUGCUAUGCCGUUUUCAUUGUUUUCAAAGAAACUAAAAACCCUCUCUUAAUUCUCUUUUAAAAGCAGCCGUAAACAGUUGCUCAUUGCUCUUGAUCUCUCUUUUUUCUUUCUUUCAUUGAAUCAGAAGGAUGGGGUGCAUUGUGGAAGAAGACUAUGGAGACAUCGAAAUAGAGUCGCCAUCCAAUUUUUCCACGGUGAAUGAAGGGAUUUACAGAUCUAGUUGCCCUCGACCCGCCAAUUUUUCCUUCUUGGAGACCCUAAACCUCCGAUCCAUCAUAUAUUUGUGUCCGGGGCCAUACCCUGAGGAGAAUAUGGAGUUUCUUCGAACUCAUAAUAUCACGCUUUUCCAGUUCGGGAUUGAAGGGAAAACGGAGCCUUCAGCUGCUACUCUUAAGGAUGCCAUCAGGGGAGCUCUCAAGAUCUUAAUCGAUGUGAGAAAUCAUCCUGUUUUGAUCCACUGCAAGCGCGGAAAGCAUCGGACUGGUAGUCUUGUUGGUUGCUUGAGGAAAUUGCAGAAUUGGUGCUUGUCAUCUGUAUUUGAGGAGUACCAACAUUUUGCUGGCAUCAAAUCCCGACCUACUGAUAUGAGAUUUAUUGAAACGUUUGAUGUCGUGUGUCUGAGGCAGUGUCUUCACAGCCUAAUUUACCAAUACCAUGGAUAUGGUUCAAAAAAGAGGCGGCUGCUGUACAGAGAAGACAAUGUACAAAAGCCCCGAGUAGCGUCUGCUUAGAUUGCAAACUUCAUU